AAUGUGCGCUCGUUAUGUCGCGAUAAGAUAAAAGCGAAAUUAACAGUGGCAGAGGCGAUAACGAGCGUAAAAUACAGGCGAAUCGACGUUCCACGAUUAUUUUUGCCAUCGAAAAGUGGUUUUGGUGCGACAAGUUUGUACAAUGUUGUUGUUAUUCAACGAGUGCGCCCGAAUCAUGAACGUCGACGAAUACGUUGUUAAUUUAAACGAGUGUUAUAAAAUAUGAGCGACACAAUGUUUACGCCGGACAGCGGCCACGGACAGGGCGAUUCGAAAAUCCCUGUGCCAUCGUCGCCCGCACCUUUACGAAGACAUAAUAGUCUACGGGCGAGAGGAAACCCGGCUUACGAAUCCGCGCGGCGACUCGGCGGAGAUCAGAACCGCGGCGCCGCAGUCAUCGACCGUAAGCAGUCGAAGUCGCCCGCCGCGCUGAAACGGACCGGCUCGUUUAUGGAAAGGGGCGAAAGACGAGUCGUCGACGGCGUGAGCCCCCCGGAGGCACCCGGAUGUGGCGGUUUCAACGCGUCGCCGCGGACGGCGUCGGCGAGGAUCAGGAGCCUGUCGUUGUCGCUGUCCGGCACCAGGGGGAGCAGCUCGAAGUCGCCAUCUCUGGGGGCGCCGACGCCCAACCAUCAUCCGGUGUCGCCUGCGAGGGGGGCCCGCACCUCCUCCUCCUCCUCAAACGCGGCCCUCCGUCUCGAUUGCUGGGACGGGGAGAGUGUCAGUAGCGUCGCGAGUAGCCUGGCCUCGUGCGACCACGCCCCCGUCGCUAGGAACGGUACCACUUUCUCGGGGCGGAGCAUGAAGUACGUGUUCCAUUGCAACCAGCAUUCCGGGGCAGCGGGCGACGAAUACCUCACCCCCACCCAGCGCGCGCACAGACAGGUGAAGAAACUCAAGUGCCUGCUGCACCAGGCCAGACGCGACCUGGACCAGAAAGACAGCGACAUAGUGAAGCUGACCAAAGAGGUGGUCGAGCUCAGGCUCUACAAGGCUGCCCUCCACUCUCCCGAGGACAAGUCGCAGUCGAACAGCAGCGACGCGGUGACUGUCCGGGAAAACACUAGCGAGCAGGCGACGCCCGAGGCCCCGCCCACCAGCAACGAGCUGAGCUGCUCGAUAUCGGACUCGGGCCACUUCGACGGCGACGGCACCAACUCGUCGAUCCACUCGCAGGAGGACCUCACCGCGCGGUCCGCCCACAACAACCACGUCGACACCGCCGAUAAGGCGGUGUCCGCGCACGUGGGGACGCUCGAGCACAGCAGACUGAUCGUCGAGUACGAGCGACGGAUUCAGGAGUUGGUGCGCACCCACGAGGAAGACACGUACCACCUGAGGCAGCGUCACAACGACAAGGUCGAGGAACUGCUCCAACGGAUCACGGAGAUCAACGCGCGCUACUGGGAACUGGUGCCCGAACUGGAGGCGGCCAAGGAGAAGAUCCGCGAGCUGGAGGCGCAGCUCGAGGACGCGGUGAAGAAGCUGGAGGAGCAGGAGCAACGGGCGAAGCGCACGUACCUGAAGAUGUACGCGCAGGGUCAGGAGACGGCCCGAUCGGAGCGCGACGACGCGGCAGUCAUGGAGGUGGCGAGGGCCCAUCCGAACCGCAUCUCGGUUCCCGAGCUGCUCAACGAGCUCCAGGUGACGAAAAACGAACUGGACAACGUGAAGGACGUAGAGUACGCGUCGAGCUCCGCGCAUCCGUUACUGAGCGCCAAAGAGGCGCUGUCGCUUUGGGUUCUCGGUGCACGUAAGGCAAUGUACCGGCAGCUGACGGAGGCGAAGAGCAAAAACAAAAUCGACCCGGAGAUCACGCUGCAAUUCCUCCGGUCCGCCGUCUACUAUUUCCUGACCGACAAGGAGAACAGCCGGGGCCACCUGAGAGCGAUCGAGAGCAUCCUCGGCUUCUCGCCGAACGAGAUCGCGAACAUAGAUCGCGCGUUGUCGUAAAAAAAAACGGUCGAUUUAGAAGUUUCUGUUCGAUUUUGCGGGGGCGUUUUUGAAAAAAUCCUCGCGUAAAUUUCCGUUUCGGCUUCUAUUUAGGGAAUUAUUUUUCGUUAUCAAGGUGAACGCUGUGAUUUUAUACUUGGCGCGGAAAAAUCCUCUUAUCGUGGCCGAUUAGCUACAACGACGUCCUUUAAAUAGUCUAUGAACACAAGAGUGACCUUUAAACGACCUUCGCUUUCGAAGGGAAUACCGGUUUUUUCGUAUUUUAGGUUAAGUGUAUAACGUGGACCGUUUAUCUCAGAAACUAUAGAGGAUGGAUCCAAUAGUUACAUUCAGAAGUUAACUUCUUAUUUUAAAUGGAAUACCCGGUAUAUUACUUAAUUUUUGAAUUCUAUACAAAAUUCUAGAGUAAGUGUAACCGUUUUUGACGUUUUUAAUUUUUUACGCGAAGAAUGACGUUUGCAAGACGUAAUAUAUCUGUCAAUAUCUUCAUUCGGAAGCAUUUAUUGUUUUACUUGACGGUUGGUAGACAAAGCACUCAAAUAACGGAUUUCAUAAGAAAUUUCGAUACAUAUUAAUACAGGGUACGCGAAAAAUAAGGUUAGAAACGAAAUUAAAAAAACUGCCAAAAAAACUUUUUCUUUUAUGGAAACUACCAAUUUUUUAUAAUCUCCUCAUAUUUAGCAUUACAAAUUAAGGCAGUAUUAUAUAAGGUUGUGUAUGCCCAAUAUUUUUACUUUUUGAAAUAUUUCCUUUUAAACAUUUGUUCAGUUGGUGUAAAAAGUAGUUUCAAAUAAGAAAGUUGAUAUUCGCCCACGAAAAAUUAAAAUAUAUAGAAAAUAAAAAUAAAUUAAAGGUUUGUAACACCCCAAUUAACUUUUGGCUCCAUCCUCUAUAGUUUCCGAGAUAAGAUAAAUAGUCUGCACUUACGGUUUUGGGGGGAAGGGGAAUAAUCACCGCUACAUUCAAAUAGUAGAUUUUUGCGAAACUACGGCGCUUUCGUCCAUGAUUUUUAGUUUUUUUUAGGGCACACGGUGGUUCGCUCGGCUUGGUGCACGAAGCGCCAAAAUAUAAUAUUAGUUACCACUUUGUCGGUCGGAUCGUGCAAUUUUCGUUAGAGAUACAUAGUAUAUAUAUUUAUCGUUUCGAUUGAAUUCGUACGUAAGUUCCUGUUGAAUAAAAAGUGAAUACAG